AUGGACGAGGAAGAUCUGAUUGAGUUCGACACUGAACCGGUUAAAGAGAUGAUUUUCCGACGAUCUGUGGAGGCCGACGAGGAAGAUCUGAUUCAGUUCGAUACUGAACCGGUUAAAGAGAUGAUUUUCCGACGAUCUGAGGAGGUAGACGAGGAAGAUCUGAUUCAGUUCGAUACCGAGCCAGUUAAAGAGAUGAUUGUCCAACGAUCUGAGGAGAUGGACGAGGAAGAUCUGAUUGAGUUCGAUACUGAACUAGUCGAAGAGAUGAAACAACUUCGCCUGCGCGAGGGCUGCGUCUACAAACAUGGCAGUGUUCAGAAAGAUGGCGCAAAUUCACUUCCAAGUGCCGAAAACUCCUCACCCGAGCACCAUGCCAUCAAUCCGACCCCGCUGUUGAACAACACUCAGUCUGAUGUGAAGACAACUCACACUGCGACCAGUCCUACUGGAGUUCAGGUCGUUCUGCCCAAGAAAGCAGUCGAGAAGAAAGAAAUUGCCCCAGCAAGACAGUACAAGCGAGACCCGACCAUUUGCGCGUUCGGCUUUCAUAACCACUAUUUGUGGGAAACGAUUUAUGCAGCAGGCCACCGCUGUGAUGUCUGCAAGAGGAUGCAGACCGAGUACAUCUACAAGUGCCUCAAAUGCCCUUUCAAAAUCUGUUGGGCCUGUCGAUGCGACUAUGGACUGACCAACAAAACGGCCAAAAUCAAGAAAGCCGUCCCUCUAGACGCAAACACGCCCGUCUUCGCCGUCAAAUUCAUCCACAAGGGUUACGCCGUCAAGCAUGGCCGCGUGUCGGCAAAGCAGCUCCUCAUGGAGGUAUCACUCCAUUCACAUGUCGGCCAGCACCCGAACAUCAUUGAGUGGUUCGCUUCGGGAGAGGACAGCAAUUGGCGAUGGAUUGCCAUGGAGUUUGCCGAUGGAGGCGACCUCUUCGACAAGAUUGAGGCAGACGUGGGCGUUCACGAGAACAUUGCUCACCUCUACUUUCUGCAACUUAUCAGCGGCGUGAGCUUUAUCCACUCAAAAGGCGUUGCGCACCGAGAUCUGAAGCCCGAAAACAUUCUGCUAUCCGAGACGGGAAGUCUGAAGCUCGCCGACUUUGGCAUGUCAACCAUGUUCGAGUACAAGGGCCAACGGAAGACGAGUUCCACCCUUUGCGGCAGUCCGCCAUACAUCGCGCCUGAAAUCCUUGCGUGCGGCAAGGCAGAGAAGAAGGCAUUCUCGGACGCGAUCAAGUACUCGCCAGACCUCGUUGACAUCUGGUCAUGCGGUGUCAUCCUCUUCGUACUAUUGGUUGGCAACACACCGUGGGAUGAGCCGUCGAAGGGUAGCUGGGAGUACCAGGAGUACGUGCGAACGAACGGCCGCAGCACAGAUGCGCUUUGGGGGAGGAUACCGUCAGAUACCUUGUCACUGCUUCGAGGCAUGAUGAACAUUGACCCGAGUAAACGCUUCUCUUUUCGACAGAUUCGACAACACCCAUGGUACACCAGACAAAACCCGCAUUUGACAUCGGAUGGCGCGAUUUCCGACCCCAUCAACUUGGCCACGCAGAUGCUGGAAAGUCUCAAGAUCGAUUUCAACCAGCAGCCCACAGCCUCCCAGGGCAACCCGUCCAGCAGUGAUCCCAUGGAUAUCGACAGCGCCGGCAAAGUCUCCUUCACUCAGCCCGAGACACCCAUCAACGACGUCGCGUGGGAUUGGGAGCGCCCUGCCCUUAAAGUCAUGAACCCUAUUGCGGUCUCCUCCACGCAACCUCUCACCCGCAGCGUGAGCGGUGUCGCCAACCGACGCUUGUUCAUGGAGUCCCUUGCAGAAGAGCCUUCCAUCAGCCAAUUCUCGCAGACCCCCGGUGUCCCUCUGACCCUCACCCAAGCGGCUCGUCGCUUCCGCGAUAUCGUGCCGUUCGAGUCUCUCACGCGCUUCUUCUCUCACGUGCCGCCCCAGCUCAUCGUGCAGAUGCUCAGCGACGCGCUGCACCAGCUCAACGUCCCGCUACCGCCCGUCACGCCGAAUCUGUACUCGGACCACAUCGUUAUCAUCAAGAUCAAGACGCUCGACGCGCGUCGACAGUCGCUGCAUGGGGAGAUCCACGUCGACAAGCACAAGCUGCCUGAGGAGCAGGAGCUGCUGGACAUUCGGUUCGUGAAGAUCAAGGGAGACCCGCUGGAAUGGCGUCGGUUCUUCAAGAAGAUUGUCGUCCUCUGCAAGGAUGGCGUGUACGUGCCGGAUGCAUAG